AUGCUAUCAAUAGCUGCUGAGGGAACUCUAGUUGGAGGUUAUGAGGUUGUUUCUGAGUCUCAGGGGGAAGAUAAUGGUGCAGAGGUCGAUGAUAGGGAACUGGUGCGUGUCGAAACUUUGGCACCUGACAGUACUAUUGGGGAACCAAUUGAGGGACCUGAUCCCUCCGCCCAAGAAGAUGCUAGGAGUAGAAAGACUCCUCCCCGGGGGUCAACUUCUAAGAGACCUAUCACUAGGUUGCAGAAAAAGGAAGAACUUGAGUCAGUUUUAAGGAAAAGCAAAAAGAAAAAGAAGAAGAGGAGAUUGGUGAAAGAUGGGAAGGUUGUAAAUGAGAAGAUACUGCCUCUUGCACUAGUUGUUGAUGUUGAUGAUGAGGUAGAAGAGGAACCUGGUUCCUUGGUUGGUAAGCCCUCAAAGAAACUUACUGGUCCAAAGCCCAAAAGGGAGUCAUCUAUGAGUGAAAAGGAGUUGAGAAAGGUUGAGGGUGAAAAAUCUGGUGAGAAAGAGGAUGAGAAAGUGGUUGAGGAGUCCUGUGAAAGAAUUGUUGAGGAGUCUGCUGAGAAAAUCUCUAGGAAAUCUGUAGAAAAAGGAAAGAGUAUAAGAAACCUGGUGAAAAGGAAGGCUGAUGCCAGUGAUGAACCUAGUUCCUGCAAGAAGACCAAGGUUGGUGAUACCCAGGACGCUGGCAAGGAAAAAUUGAAAAACCAAAAGUGGACACAUUUGUUCACAAAUGACAGUCCUAAAGUUUAUGAGGAAGAGGUGCGCAGUUUGUAUGCCGACUUAUUUACAAUUGAGAAUGAUCAUAUUUGUAUGAUCGUGAAUGGUGUGGAUUUUGUGAUGGACUCUGCUGUGCUGGGAACCAUUUUAGGCGUGCCUACUGAGGGUAUGUCCUCUAUUCAGGGAACCUACUCUUUGAACUUCAGAAAUGCUAUCUUGAAGGAUCAGGCAGUACAACAAGGGGAACGGGUACAAAAGAAUGCCCUCUUUCCAGUGUACCAACUGUUGUUUGAAUUGGUGAACAAGGAUCUGCUCCCUCGUGCAGAAAGACGGUCCAUUACAUCACGAGCAGACCUAGUUCUCAUGGAAGCACUGGAUGGGUACACAACUAUAAACCUGCUUGGCAUCAUGAUAGAGCACAUGCUGAAGGUGGCAGAAUUCAAGGAUGGUAAUCAUGGGCUGCCUUACGGGUUUCUCCUCACUAAGGUCUUUGAAUUCUUCAAAGUCCCUUUGGGAAAAGCUAAAGUGGGUACUCGUAAGCAAACUUUCUCCAAGACCACCCUCGAGGAAUGUGAAUGCAUUGCUAAGAGUGCAGGGGUUGGCAGCACUUCUACUAUCUCCCAGCUGAUCAACGCUCAGAACAGUGCCAUCAAAGAGAUAAGGAAGCUAAAGGCAAGGAAUGCCAUUCUCGAAGGACAGCUAAGUCAGGUUCAGGAGGCACCUGGUUCCAGCAGUUCUCAAAGCACAAAGGUUGCCCCGUCUGACAAAGGAGAAUGCUGA